AUGGAAGAAGUAGUCACCGAGGUUGUCAUUGUAGGUGCUGGGCCUUCUGGUCUUGCAACCUCAGCUUGUCUAAAACAGCAUUCGAUUCCUCAUAUAAUCCUUGAGAAAGAUGAUUGUAAUGUUUCUCUUUGGAGAAAACAUACUUACGAUCGAGUCAAGCUUCACUUGGCCAAAGAAUUCUGUUCUUUACCCUUAAUGCCUCACUCGCCUUCCAGCCCAACAUUUCUGACCAAAACUGAAUUCCUUAACUACAUCGACAACUAUGUCAGUCAUUUCAACAUAAAUCCUCGUUACAAUCGAAUGGUUGAUUUCGCUGGGUUCGAUGAAGUUAAGAAGAUGUGGAGGAUUGAAACGACGAAUAAUACUAAAGAAGCUGGAGGGUGUCGUGAAGCUUACGUGGCCAAGUACGUGGUGGUGGCGACUGGUGAGAAUAGCGAAGGGUAUAUUCCUGAGCUGAGUGGAUUGGACAGCUUCGAAGGUGAGAUAGUUCACUCGAAGAAUUACAAGAACGGUUCAAAGUAUAAGGGAAAAGAGGUUCUAGUUGUUGGCUGCGGAAAUUCUGGGAUGGAGAUUGCUUAUGAUCUUAAUGACUUUAAAGCUCGAACUUCCAUUGUUAUCAGAAACCCUGUGCAUGUGGUUACAAAAGAAAUGGUGCAUCAAGGCAUGUCGAUGUUGAAAUAUUUGCCGAUUCAAAAGGUGGACGCUUUUAUAACGUUUCUUGCAAACUUUGAGUAUGGUGAUCUCUCCACUUAUGGUAUUCAUCGACCAGACCAAGGACCGUUCUUCCUUAAAAAAACCACUGGCAGGUCUCCUGUCAUUGACAUUGGUACCGUUCAAAAGAUCAUUGACGGAGAAAUUAAGGUCAUUUCUACCGGAAUAAAGAGAAUUGAGAAGAAGAAGGUGAUAUUUGAGAACAAUAUGGAGAAAGAUUUUGAUGUGAUCGUGUUCGCCACUGGGUUUAAAAGCGUAGCUAAUAAUUGGCUCAAGGACUAUAAGUAUGUUUUGAACGAGAAAGGGAUGCCAAAGAACGAAGCUCCGGGUCAUUGGAAAGGAGAGAAGGGGAUAUACUGUGCAGGACUUUCAAGGAACGGUCUUUUUGGAGUUUCCAUGGACGCAGAGGCUAUUGCAGAUGACAUCAAUCUCACUCUCAAAUUGGCGGCUUAG